AUGAUUUACGAACUCCGCAUCUACACGACCCUCCCUGGCCGCAUGCCAAACCUGCUCGCGAGAUUCGAGAACCACACGCUCAGGAUCUGGGAGAAACAUGGGAUCAAGCAGUUGGGGUUCUGGACGACGCUCGUGGGGCCCGAUGCCAACGACCUGACCUACAUGCUGGCGUGGGAAUCUCUUGCCGAUCGGGAGCAGAAGUGGAAUGCUUUUUUCAACGACCCGGAGUGGAUUGAAGCCAGAGCCAACAGCGAGAAGGAUGGGCAAAUCAAUGCCAAGGUCGCGAGCAGCUUCUUGGUGCCGACGAAGUUCUCGGCCAUUCAGUGA